UCAUUCGCGCCAAACAAAAAAGUCAACAUGGCCAUAACGGGAGCUAAAACUCCGGCAAAUCUCCCUUGGGUGGAGAAGUACAGGCCAAAUAAGUUGGAAGACCUCAUCUCACAUCAAGAAAUUAUCUCAACAAUUCAGAAGUUUAUGAAUGAAGAUCGACUUCCUCAUCUCCUCUUCUAUGGACCUCCUGGUACCGGAAAGACCUCAACUAUUCUUGCAUGUGCGAAACAGCUCUACACACCCAAGGAAUUUAACUCCAUGGUCUUAGAGUUGAAUGCUUCAGAUGAUCGAGGUAUCGGUAUCGUUAGAGGUCCUAUCCUCAGCUUUGCCAGCACAAGAACAAUCUUCAAGUCUGGAUUCAAGUUAGUUAUUCUUGACGAGGCAGAUGCUAUGACAAAUGAUGCUCAGAAUGCACUCAGGAGAGUGAUUGAGAAGUUCACAGAGAAUACUCGGUUUUGCUUAAUUUGCAACUAUCUGUCCAAGAUCAUCCCUGCACUUCAGUCUCGGUGUACAAGGUUUCGCUUUGGACCUCUGGACAUGAAGCAAAUGGUGCCCAGGGUGCAACAUGUUAUCAAUGAAGAGAGAGUGAAUGUGACUGAGGAUGGACUGAAUGCACUCGUUACAUUGUCCAAAGGAGAUAUGCGUCGCUCAAUCAACAUACUACAGAGUACAUCCAUGGCAUAUGAUAUUGUCAAUGAAGAGAACGUUUACCAGUGUACAGGGCACCCGCUGAGGUCGGACAUUGAGAGCAUCGUAGACUGGAUGUUGAACAAAGACUACACAACUGCAUAUAACAACAUCAUGAAACUGAAGACAUUGAAAGGUUUGGCACUUCAAGAUAUACUGACUGAGGUCCACAUUUAUGUACACAGAAUUGAUUUCCCGAUGAAAGUACGAGUACAUCUUCUUGAGAAAAUGGCAGACACAGAGCAUCGUCUGGCUGCGGGCACCAGUGAGAAAAUCCAACUAGGAUCUCUACUUUCUGCAUUUCAAAUCGCUAGAGACAUGGUCACAGAUGAGGCAUGAUGGGAUAUAUGAUGUCAUCAAACAAUCCUUUAAACGCCAGACCCGUGGUUACAUUUUGCUACACUGCUUUAGACCCUUACGCGCAUGACAUCGCUUGAGUAGAGCACCCUGCUGCCCUCGCUUAGAGGUCAAAAGGUAGUUGCUCUUUUGUCUAUCCUGUGCACUGUGCGUACAAGUGCGUUUUGAUUGUUUCGUCAUCGGUUCACCUCUGAGAUGGCAGCUGGAUGACGACAAUGCAUAAGGUCUGUUGUUGAAACUUGCCAAAUAGACUGUACCAAUUCUGGAUUUAACCCUUACUUUGAAUGCAGUAAAACAUCAUGAUGGUUGCUUUUUGGAGAUUGUGCAUACAGAUAACUUGAGCUUUCUGUAAAAGCCAGCCUUGAAAUUGAUGAAUAACUUGUGUUUUUGGAGAGGACACAGCACAUCAGAUGCCUCUUACAAACAAUGGCAUGGCUCAAAAUUAACACUGAUGUACCCAGGUCCAAGGCCUUUGAUUUUAGCAUUGGGCAGUAAACUCACAAUGGGACAAGCCCAAUGGUCUUGUGUUUUUUUAUUGAAUAAAAUACCAUCUUAGUGGACAAAUGUCGACUGUGACUGCGAUACUAUCUUUCCAAUUCUCUUUCAAGAGUUUUGCAGUACACAUACACAUAAACACAAAUGAAAUAGAUCUUCCCUGGGUGCUUGUUCAAUUCAUUUUGAUUCUGGUCUCGUAAAACACAAAUUCUGGUCCAGUAAAACGUUCGAGCUACAAGCCCUACGCUCUUAUGGAUUUUUGUCCCCAAAUUCACGCCCUGAUUUGUGAAAAUUUCCAUCAGUUUUCUUGUAUCCUGUAUUAAGUUUAUUAGAGCUUAGCCAUGUCCAAGUUGAUGUUUUUUUACAGUGGCUAUGGUUGAUUGGCUGGUAAUUUGGUUGAUAAUUCUUUAUUUUUAACGUUGUCGUUGCAGCCAAGUCUCCUUGAUUCAUACAAAGUUUUAUAAUCUUAAAGUUAAAGCCUAUUUUCAAUUUAAACUUGUAAGUUUAAUACUAUAAAGCAUCCAUCUUCUAAUAAUCUUGUUUUCAUGACCACUUCAGUAAAAGUGGAUUCAACUAGAAAGAUCUAUGCACUUUUUUGAUACACGCUUGGAAGUAUUUUAUGCUAAAGAUUAGGGCGAAUUCUGUAAAAAUUACUAUGUGAAUGGUAUUUGCCUAAUCAAUAAAAAAGUGUACACAACUUGUACAUGUAUUUU